AUGAAACCCGAAUUACCUAACCAAGAAGAAAAAUCAACAAAACAGAUCAUAGAAGAAACAAAAAUAGAAGAAAAGAAAAUUGAAUUACCAAAACAAGAAAAAGAACCAACAAAACAGAUUCCAGAAAAACCAAAAAUUGAAGAAAAGAGAAUUAAUUUACCCAAGCAAGAAGAAAAACAAACAAAAAUUACUCCAAAACAAAAAGAAACUUCGAGUAAAACAAAUGUAACAGAAACAAAAAUUACUCCAAGUAAAGAAAAGCAAUUAAGCAAACUUAAAGAAACAAUUGCAAAAGCUAAAACAGAGAAGAAAGAAGAAUCUGAUUAUUAUUACACGUAUUCUUACUCAUAUUCUUAUUCUGAAUCAGAAACACCAGAAAAGAAAAAAGAAGAUGUUAAACCAAUUCAACAAAAAGAACUUAAAAUUGAACAAAAGCCAGUUUUGGCAACAACAAAAACAAUUAGUAAGAAAGCUGGACCAAAGCAAAAGAAAGAAACAAAAAUUAGUGCUCAAAAAGAGAAAAUAGUUCAAAAGAGUGAAUCAAUUAGUGAAACUUAUUCAUCUGAAAUGGAAGAAACUAUACAAAAGAAAGAAAUCAAACAAGAACAACCUAAAAUUGAACAAAAACCUGUUUUGGCAGCAACAAAAGCAUUGAGUAAGAAAGCAGAACCUCAGCCAAAGAUUGUUCAGAAGAAGGAAAAAGAAACAAAAGUUAGUGAAACAAUAAGCGAAACAUAUUCGUCAGAAAUGGAAGGAACUAAACCGAAGAUUGUCCAGAAAAAGGAAGAAAUCAAACCAAAACAAAAAGAGAAAGAACCUCCAAAAUCUAAGGCGCAAACAAAGAAAGAACAAAAGACACCAUUAAAAGAAACAAAGAAAGAAAAAAAGACACCAGUAAAAGAAACAAAACAAACAAACCCAAUGAUUCAACAGUUGAAAGUUGAAUUAAUUCAAAGGAGUGAAUCAAUAAGUGAAACAUAUUCAUCUGAAUCAGAAGAGAUAAAGGCCGAGAAACAUAAAAUAAUAGAACUAAUAAACAAACCAAUUUUACCAGAUAUUAAACACAUCAAACCAAAGCUAAAACAAGAAAUCAAACCACUAACUCCAAAAGCCAUUGCAAAUGAAACAAAAAUGAUUCAAAAAGAAGAAUCAAAACCAGAAAUUGUUGAAAAGAAAGAAAAAGUUGAUCAAAAGGAAGAAUCAGAAUAUGAAUAUUAUUACACUUAUUCAUCAGAAACUGAAGAACAAAAACCAAUAUCUCAACCAAAAGAAGCAGAAAUAAAACCAACAAUCAUUCAAGGAAAGCCACAAAUUGUUGAAAAUAAAGAAGAAAUAAAACCACAGCAAAAAUUGGUUAAAACACCAGAAAAAGAAAGUGAAUAUUCAUACUAUUACUCUUCUGAAGAAGAACAAAAUAAUCAAAAGAAAGAAAUAAUUACACAAAAACCCAUCAAUGAGCAGAAACCAGCUAAAGUUGUUGAAAAAGAAAAUGAAUAUUCUUACUAUUAUUCUUCUGAAGAGGAACGAAAACCAUUAAUUCAACAAAAAGAAACGAAACCAACAAUCAAUCAACAAAAACCACAAACUAUUGAAAUUACAGAGGAAAUUAAACCAAAAAUUGAAGAAAUUGAAGUAAAACCUCAACAAAAUUUAGUAAAAAUACCUGAAAAAGUAGAAAAAGAAAGUGAAUAUUCAUACUAUUACUCUUCAGAUGAAGAACCAAAGAAAGAAAUAAAACCACAAAAAUCUGUCAUUGAACAGAAACCAGAAAAAGCUAUCGAAAAAGAAAGUGAAUAUUCUUACUAUUAUUCUUCUGAAGAGGAGCAAAAACCAAAAUCUGAUGAAAAGCAAAAAAAUUCUCCUGUAAUUGAACAGAAACCCGUUCAACCAGUUGAAAAAGAAAGUGAAUAUUCAUAUUAUUACUCUUCAGAAGAAGAAGUAAAGCCAGUUGUUCAUGAACAAAAGAAACCAGAAACUAAGGAAAUCGAGCAGAAAGUUAAUGAUAAAGAAACGGAAUAUUCUUAUUAUUACUCCUCAGAAGAAGAAACAAAACCUGUUCCGAAAGAUCAACAAAAAGUUGUAAAACCUGAUGUAAAACAAACAGUUAUUAAGAAAUCAAAUGACAAAGAAAGUGAAUAUUCAUACUACUAUUCAUCAGAAGAAGAAGCAAAACCAAAACAACAAACUGGAUCAGAAGGAUUGCUAUCUAAAGUUAAUGAACAAAAAGUUGAUGUUAAAACAACUCAGAAUGAAAAAGAAAGUGAAUAUUCAUAUUAUUAUUCAUCAGAAGAAGAACAACAAAUCAAUGAUACUAAACAGAAACAAACUCAAAUAUCUCAGAUAAAAAGAGAAGAAAAGCAACAAAACGAAAGCGAAUAUUCAUACUAUUAUUCUUCAGAAGAAGAAACAAAACCAAAAAUUAAUGGAGAAAAGAAUUCAAACACAGAUCAGAAAGUUAUCAAAGAUAAACAAAAUAAUUAUUCUAAAGAGGAAACAAAACAAACGAUCAAUAAAGAACAGAAAUCAAAAGAAGUUCCAACACCAUUGAUUUCUAAUAACCAAAAAGUAAAUCGAAAUGAAAGCGAGUAUUCAUAUUAUUACUCUUCAGAAGAAGAAACAAAACCAACAAAUAAACAAAAUAAGGAAGAAAAACAAAAGAUUGAAACUUUUAAAUCAAAUGAAAGUGAAUAUUCUUAUUACUACUCGGAAGAAGAAAAGAAACCAAUAAACAAUCAAAACUCAAACAAAAUGAAAGCAUAUACGUUGAUUUCCAACAAUUCUAAAAAUGACAAAGAAAGUGAAUAUUCUUAUUACUCUUCAGAAGAAGAAUCAAAACCAAAAGUUUCUCAACAACAAACAAAACAAAAUAACUCAAAGGAACAAGUUCAGAAAUCAGAACAAAAAUCAAAUAAAGCUAAUGAAAGUGAAUAUUCUUACUACUAUUCAUCUGAAGAAGAAAUUAAGCCAGCUAUUAAUGAGGAACUAAAGAAACAAGAAACAUCAGCAAAGAAUGUUUCUGUUCAAGCCAUUACUAACAACUAUAAUAACAAAAUUGAGCAGAAACAAAUAGUUCAACCAAAUGUUAAAAAUGAAAGUGAAUAUUCCUAUUAUUAUUCAUCUGAAGAAGAAACAAAACCAAAUGUUUCUCAGCAACAAAAGAAACAAAGUGAACAGAAAAAUUCAACUAAUCAGCAGCAAAUUGAACUCAAACAAACAAAACCUAAUAAAGAAAGCAAAUAUUCUUAUUAUUCAUCAGAAGAAGAAAAUAAACCAAUAAAUAAAAAUAUAAAUGAUCCUUUCAAAGUAACUGAACAGAAAAAAGCAAAUCUUGUAGAUGAGAGCGAAUAUUAUUCAUCAGAAGAAGGAAAGAAUCCUGUUAGUGAAUCAAAGGAACAAGAAAUUGAAACAAAGAAAGAUACAAAGACUUUAGUUUCAAAUAAUAAAAAUAAACAAAUUCAACAGAAAAUUACCAAAGAUAGUGAAUAUUCUUAUUAUUCAUCAGAAGAAGAAAAUAAACCAAUAAAUAAACAAGAUAAGAAUGUAUUAAUGAAACAAGAAGACAAGCCAAUGAUUAAUAAGAAUAACUUAGAAACAAAACAAGAUGUUAAAGCAAAGAAUUAUCCAAUGAGUUCCACUUCAAGUAAUCCAAGCAAACAGACUCUUCAGAAAGAAAGUGAAUAUUCUUAUUAUUCAUCAUCAGGAAACGAAAUAAAACCUAUUUAUAGUGUAGAGAAGAAACAAACAGGAGAUAAUGAAUCAAAGAAUCAUGAAAUAAAACUAAAGAAAGAACCAAUUAAACCAAACAAACAAAUUCAGCAUAAAGUAACUAAUGAAAGUGAAUAUUCAUAUUAUUCUUCUGAUGAAGAAAAGAAACAACUUGAGUCAUCAUCCGAAGAAGAAGAGAAAAAGAGUAUUACAAGUAGUGAAUCAACACCAGAGAUAAAGAAGUCAAUUAGGUACAUCAAAGCGAUGCAAACAGAUGAAUACAGUUCCUCGCAAAAUUCGCAUGAAAACUCAAGAGAAAAUUCUCCUUUUGUUCCAAACAGAAGCAAAGAUUUUUUGGCUUGGGCUUCAGCACAAAAAGAAAUUAUUCCAAAACCACCACGUUCUUCAAUAAAAAGUUUCAAGCCAAAGCCUCUUUCGCCAGUUCCUUUGGAAUCAGAUGUUGAAGAACAAAUUUAUUCUCCAAACAAUGAUUUGAAAAUUCACGCGAAAAAGAACCAAUUUAUAGAGAAAAGAGAACCAAGCAAAAACAGGUUUGGUGAUAGAAACUAUGAUUAUAGAAAAAAUAAUAGAGAUUUAUACUAUUAA